AUGGCAUCCGCCUCUGCUGAAGAAGCAUUUCCCUGGCAUUUGGGUGUCUAUGAUGCUCAUUGCCACCCAACAGACAUCAUGGGAAGGGUAGCUUUAAUACCAGGAAUGAAGGCUCGCGUAUUGACGGUGAUGGCCACCAGAUCAGAUGACCAGGAGCUGGUAGCUCAGGUUGCAGAUACUUAUGGUGUGAAGUCUCGGCCCGAUAUUAGUGAAGAGAAGGGUCGGGAGUGUUUGAUUCCUUGCUUUGGCUGGCACCCGUGGUUCUCGCAUCAGAUGUAUGAUGACACGAAAGAAGAUGUCAUAGAAGCAGAUACAGCGGAAUUCAAACUUCGGCAUUACCAAUCUGUCUUGACUCCGAAGCCAGAAGACGUCACGUUUCUGAAGUCACUACCGCAGCCUCGAUCGCUCAAGGGAUAUCUUGAAGGUACCAGAAAAUAUCUGGAAAAGUAUCCAUAUGCACUCGUCGGAGAAGUCGGCCUCGACAAAGGAUUCCGUCUACCAGGCCCCUGGACCGAGGAACUAGAAAUUAGCAGAGACUUAUCUCUGACACCCGGAACCAGGGAAGGGCGACCAUUAUGUCCUCAGCGAGUUCAGAUGGACCACCAAAGAGCAAUUUUGACAGCUCAGCUCAAGUUAGCAUGGGAGAUGAAGCGAGCAGUAUCAGUUCAUGGAGUUCAAGCUCACGGCAUAGUAUUCGACACUCUACAAGAGUCAUGGAAAGGGUACGGUAGAGAGCCAUUGAGUAAAGGACAGAGAAAGAAAGUCGAGAAAAUCCCUCUCCCUGCUGACGAAUCAGAGAGUCCAGAUGAGGAGCCAGCGCUACGGAUUUGUCUGCACUCAUAUUCUGGCUCGCCAGAUCAGCUGAAGCAAUAUUUUCAGCGGUCGUCACCAGCUGAUAUUUACUUCUCGUUCUCCUCGGCUAUCAACAUGUCCGAUGUGCAUAGUGCAAAGGCGGAUGAGGUUAUCAAAGCAGUGCCAGAUGAUCGUAUUUUGUCGGAGAGUGAUCUACAUGUGGCUGGGGACGAAAUGGAUGCUAGGUUGGAGGAAAUUUGCCGACACAUCUGCAAAUUGAAGGGCUGGGGCUUGGAGGAAGGUAUCAAGAAGCUGGGAGAUAACUGGGUUCGCUUCAUUUUCUCCUGA